CAGAGCCAGCACACGCCCCAGCAGCUUGGUCAUGGGAAGGUUUGACCUCCACGAUGCCUGCAUGGCCGGCGACGUGGAAAAGGUGAAGAGCAUCCUCGAGGCGACUCCGGACAAGGUCAAUGCCCGAGGCCCGAAGAACCGCUCGCCGCUGCACUGCGCCGCCAAGGGCGACAGCCCCGAGGUGGCCUCCUUGCUUAUCUCGAUGGGCGCGGACACGGAGGCGAGGACGGCAUACAAGAUGACCCCGCUGCACGUAGCCGCCUUUUACGGCAGCGCGGCCGUGAUCCGGUACCUGCUGGACGAGGUGAAGGAUCUCGACAUCAACGCGCUGGACUUUGGAUCAUGGACCUCGCUGCACUACGCUUGCAACUACAACCGGGGCGAAUGCGCCGACCUCCUGAUCGACAGUGGCGCCAGCUUGACCAAGAAGAGCGCCGAGCUGCAGCUGGUUGCUCUUCACCUAGCCGCCCGCUCGGGAAACCUUGCCACGGUGGAAAAACUCAUAAAGAACGGCUGCAACGCGAGCCAACGCAACCUGUUCUACACCACGCCGCUGCACCUGGCCUGUCAAAACGACCAUGUGGACGUGGUGCGCUUCCUACUCAAGUCGGGGGCUUCCCCCGACGCGCCCGACGAGGCCGGAAUAACGCCUGCCCAGCUCACCAAACGCGACGACAUAUCUCAGACGCUGGAGGAGGCUGUGAAGGCCGCUGUAGAGAGACGACGUUCGCCGCCCCCGCCGCCCGCAGCCUGAAGUAGCCAAAAUGUCAGCAUGUUUUCUCGCCCGCGGCUGCCUACACAGAUUGUCGAAGAGUUGGUUGAAAGCAGCACUAGGUUUACUGUUUUUUGUUUCAUUCUUCGAGAGGGAGAGCGCGUUAUUGAUGGCUGGUCUCUCUCUCGAUGUGUUUCUGUGCGGAAGCCUGGUAUGGCGGCUGCAGUCCCAGCAGACAACAUACUACGUGGUGUUCCCAGUUUGAUCCAAGCUGACAAAAGAGCUUUGGGUUGCGGAAGAGAACGUGGCACGUUCUCUCCGGGAAGUAUUGGUCUCGUCCGGUACGGCCUGCCCUGCAAUGCAGCAGCUCGAGUCCGGAUAAUGGUUAGAUACUGGACUCGGCAGUGGCUGCGAGUGAACGUUACUUGUUGCUCAGGCUCGCAGGGAGAAGAAUAGGUUGAGGGACUGCUUCGCCCGAGGUCUUGGUGGGUGCGAUUGAUGUUUUGCGCAUGGUAGGGUUUCGUGAUCCAGGCAACCUAGUACGAGACAUACGGCUGCGUGUUUUUGCUUGUGGGAAUAUCAAUAUCUAGGUGAAUGGGUGGAUCGUGCUGUUUCCGUCCGAAUUGUGUGUUACCUUCAAACGUCUUUAAUGCAUUUUUUGUGUUGUUCAUGAGCGAAAAUUUUGGUCGUCC